AUGUCAGCUUCCAACAUCAGUGACAACAACCUCCCAGCCACUCUCUUCCUGACAGGGAUCCCAGGGCUGGAGUGGGCCCACACCUGGAUUGCCAUCCCCUUUUGUGCCAUGUACCUGGUAGCACUGGCUGGGAAUGUCACUCUCAUCUUUAUCAUUAUGACAGACAGGGUGCUUCAUGCCCCGAUGUACAUCUUCCUUUGCCUUCUCUCACUCACCGACCUGGCUCUCAGCUCCACCACUGUGCCCAAAACGCUGGCCAUUUUGUGGCUGCAGGCUGGUGAGAUUUCCUUUGGUGGAUGCCUGGCCCAGAUGUUUUGCAUCCAUUCUAUCUAUGCCCUGGAGUCUUCGAUUCUUCUUGCCAUGGCUUUUGAUCGAUAUGUGGCUAUCUGCCAUCCGCUGAGUUACACAACAAUUCUCAAUCAUAGCAUCAUAGGCCGAAUUGGCCUUGUGGGGAUAUUCCGUAGUGUGGCCGUUGUCUCCCCCUUCAUCUUCUUGCUGAGGCGACUGCCCUACUGUCAGCACCGUGUCAUGGCACACACAUACUGUGAGCAUAUGGGCAUUGCUCGACUGGCCUGUGCCAAUAUCACUGUCAAUAUUGUCUAUGGGCUGACUGUGGCCCUGCUGGCUGUGGGUCUGGAUUCGAUUCUCAUAGCUAUCUCCUAUGGUUUUAUCCUUCGUGCUGUCUUUCAUCUUCCAUCCCACGAUGCCCAGCACAAGGCUUUGAGUACUUGUGGCUCCCACCUCGGGGUCAUCCUGGUCUUCUACAUUCCUGCCUUCUUCUCCUUCCUCACCCACCGCUUUGGCCAACACCGAGUCCCCAAGCCUGUGCACAUCUUUCUGGCUAAUCUCUAUGUGCUGGUGCCUCCUGUGCUCAACCCCAUCAUCUAUGGGGCUAGGACCAAAGAGAUUCGGAGUCGACUUCUAAGACUCUUCAGGUCUCUAAGUUCGUGUUGCAUCACAACACAAUUAAGUCACAGUAACUAGAUCAGAGAUGUCCAUCCUCCCUGGCCCCCAGGAAGCAGGAGAUUCAGCUGUUUCUCAUCUCAGGCUCAAUUGAUGCCUGGGGCUUGCUCUGAAUUUUUAGUCCCUCGUUUCCUCCAAAGUUAUUCUCCCGAUAUGCUCCCUCUUCUCUGUUUCAUCAGCUUUUAUCCUGCCACAUGGUUACAUAUAGCCACUGGUCCUCUGGAGCAUGCUUCCUCUGCCUACACUAUGUGUCACCUCAAUGAUAGGUCAGAGUUUUAGAGAAGAGAAUAGAUAUAUUGGGAAGGUAUUGAUGACUUGCACUAAAACAUAAGGACCACAGAAUUCAGAGUAGGAAUAGGGGCAAGGGGAAAGAUGCUGAGCUAUAUUUGGAAAUGCAGAUCCAAAGGUUCUUCUGGGACACCCAAAGGGAAGGCUAGCAGGCUGUGGAAAGUACAAACAGACUCAAGGAUUUAGGAACCAUGAGCAGAGAAGAGCCACAGCCAAGGAAAUGGCUAAACUCUUUAAAGGAUAUAUAAAGAAUUGAUGUAACAUAAUCUCAGGAAGCACCAUUCUCUAAGAAAAUGAAAAAGAAAAUAGAUUAAAUGAAGCAUCUUAAAGAAAGAAGGGUCAGUAUAUCAAACACUGUAGAAAAAUUUGGGAAGAUGAGGAAUGAGAAACAGUUGGAGAAAGCUUCUAUACCAUACUGGGGGCGAGUCUUUGACUGCAAAGGAUGGUGAAACAUGGUCACUGAAAGAAGAGGUACUUGCAAGAAUUUCAGAGACAGAAGGAAAGAUAUAGUUCAGUAGCCAGUAAGAUAGCACAGUCAAGUAUUUUGCAGCAAAAAGGGAAGAAGCCUGAAUAGUAAGAGAAGAUGGAGCUUCAGAAGUAGUAGGAGUUGACCUCCUGAGAACACAAUCCUGAUAAAAGCAGUUCUCAAAAUAAGACUAGCUGAGAGGGAAGUCAAACAUCUUUCCUCAAUAUCAAGAGACUGGAUCUAAAGGCAGAAAUAAAGUCAAAGAGUGAGUGGCUUCCAGAGCCCAUAGUCAUGGCUUCCCAGGACAGCAAAGGCCAGGAUUCCUUUAGAGUCACUCUGGAGUUCAUCUAGAGGUAAUUUAUGGUGAUG